CUCUUUCGCUCCGACCCGUCCUACUCCAUGUUCUCCUCUAGUUUACAUGCUGCAGCUACUGGACAUGAUCCGUUUAGUUUACACGAUAUGGGAGCUUCAACUUACAAUUACAGUAAUAUGGGAUAUGGUUACAUGUCUCCAUACUACAGAUAUAUGCGCCAGCCGGUCAAACAGGAGAUGAACUGUGAAUGGAUUGAUCAAGAUACAAAGAAAAUGUGCAACAAAGUUUUUCAUACAAUGCAUGAUGUUGUAACCCAUCUCACUGUUGAUCAUGUUGGGGGUCCAGAAAUUACAGAUAAUACUUGCUACUGGAGUAAUUGUCCUAGAGAAAAGAAACCCUUUAAAGCCAAGUAUAAACUAGUGAAUCAUAUCAGAGUUCAUACCGGAGAGAAACCCUUUCCAUGUCCUUUCCCUGGAUGCGGAAAAUUCUUCGCUCGAUCUGAGAACUUGAAGAUACAUAAGAGAAUACAUACAGGCGAGAAACCGUUUGAGUGUGAGAUUGAAGGUUGUGACAGAAGAUUUGCAAACUCCAGUGAUAGGAAGAAACAUAUGCAUGUUCAUACCACGGAUAAACCCUACUAUUGCAGCUAUAAAGGAUGCGAUAAGACCUACACCCAUCCGUCCUCACUUCGUAAGCAUUUAAAAGGACAUGAAGCUGAAGCGGCAGCUUCAGAAUUUAGUGACGAAUCUCAUAGUCCUUCUCCUCAUCCUUUCUCUCAACCCAACCCUCACACCAGCCUACCCAACCCAACCUCAGGUUCUCUACUCGUCCCAGAGUAUAAAACCAGUGAUAGUUUUCGUCCUUUUCUCACGGACGAUGAUCCGUAUAAGGUUCCAGGGGAUUGGCAGUCUAGUUUGUACUCCUAUCCUCCUCCUCAUCCUCAUCCUCAUCCUCCACCUAAACUCACUCCUUCUCCUUUCCUUUCUAACUCUCUUCAUCAACUUUAUUAAAUGUUUAGUUUUAAUUCUGUGAUAACAUCUAGCAGGGUGUCCCAAGAAUAAUGGAAAACUAUAAUCUUGCAGAGUGUCCCCAAAAUAAUGGAAAGGAUUAUCUUGCAGGGUGUCCCAAAAAUUAUUUAAAAGGAUUAUUGUUGUUGUUGUUUUUUCUAAACUUUUAAAUAUUCCAAUUCAAUUUUAAAAGUUUUCACUAACUUUUUUCUGCACUGCUCGGUUUUUUUCUUUAAAAAAACAACAGGAAUUUUACAUUUUUCAGGGUGCAAGAAUCUUGAAUCUUGAAC